AGAAAUUUCAGCACAACAGUGGUACCGUAAAUACGAGAUUUUCUCUUCCCGUCUCAGAACUGGAAGCAAAUUGUACGCGGCUCGGGUCGCAGCAGUGAGUGUAAAUCCCGUUAGGGCAGCAGUGCGUGUGUGCGUGUACGUGUGUGUGUGCGUUCGUGGUGCCGUGCGUGCGUUUGUUGUGCUGCCCUGGACCCCCUUCGGCCCUUCCUCGGUUUCGCCCUUUACAAGACGCACACACACACACACUUGGUCCGUGUGGUCCGCGGACCAACAAUUAUCGUCAUCGUCACCAUCGUCAGUGAAACGGGAAAGGUGGCAAGAAAAGGUGUACACCCCGACGGUCGUCCCGAAAGUGGUGCGUAUAGUGGUGGUGUGUGGUGUCGUUGUUGUUGUUGCUGUUGGUGGUGGUGGUGGUGCACUAUUGCGUUCUCAGGGGGUGGCGGUUGGGCUGUCUGUUCCCGUGAAAAACGGGGAAAAGGGGUUGAAAAUCACGGCAGAGUCAGUGGUGGAGCCUGAAUCGACAGGUUUUUUUCCGACUUGCUCAAGUGCAGUUUUCCACGCCGAACACUGCGGAAAAGUUCUUGCAUAAUAAUAAUAGUAGAAGAAAAGCUGGCGCUGCUCCGCAUUUGCCCCCGUCAUGUGAAAGGUGCUUCCGUGUUAACUAGUGGCAUGUGUGUGUGUGUAUGUGUGUGCGUACCUGAUGUCGUUUAUUGCGCGAUGAUGUGAUAUAUGUUGUUUGCGUAGCGUUUCUAUUUAUUUUGCAUCAUCACGAACGGGUGGCCGACUUGUGCGUAUGUUUGCUCUGACUCCCCAUCCCCCCCAAGUUUUUUCUCCCCUGUCCAGUGUGGAGUGAUAUCGUUUUUUAUCUUCUUCUUCGGGCAGAUAUUUAUAAUUAAAGAUGGAAAAAGGAAAGGAAGGUGUGAAGAGAAAAGGGGGGAAAACGCUAUCACCUUACCUUUGGUACACAUGAACAUUGUGAGCGAAUGGAAAUGCCAACCUCUAGUAGGCCGUACACAAGAGCAGCACGACAUGAUGGACGAUGACGAUGAUGAUGAUGAUGAUGAUGGUUCUGUCAGUUUUCCUUUACUCCGUUACAUAAAAAUACACCUCCGCCAGAGUGUGGUGUGCAUGAAGGGCUCUCGGUGAUGUUGGUGUGGUGUCACCCCAUGUACUAAGAACCUCCCCAUUGCUCCCCUCCAUCCCUUCCUCAGUUGUGUUCAAUGCGUUUGUAGUGCGCGCGUGCCUUUCUUUCUUCCCGUUCGGUCCAGUUGACCCUUUCACUACACACCUUUCCUGCCCCACACACUGAUGGAUGGAAUAGGCUGUUCAAUAAAGUGCAACAUACAUACGCUUCUUUCUCUGAACGCGACGGUGGUGCAACGGCGACGAAAGGGGCACGUUGAAGCUUUUAAAUUGAACCAACGCUCACGGGCACGCAGUACCACCGCACGGGGUGGUGGUGGUGGUAGCGGCGGCGGCGGUCUACUUCCGAGGGAAAGCCCAGCUCGAAGCAGGAAAAACGGAGGGCAUCAGCAGCACGCAGCUGGCGGCGGCGGCGGCGGCAGCGGGCAUCAUGACGGCGACUGAUAACACGGUUCGCUUCAGCGAUCACACGCUCGAUAAGGCGACCAAAGCGAAGGUCACGCUGGAGAACUACUACAGCAAUCUGAUCACACAGCACGGCGAGCGGAAACAGCGCCAGGCGAAGCUGGAAGCGUCGCUGAAGGACGAGACGCUGUCCGAGUCGCAGCGGCAGGAGAAGCGCAUGCAGCACGCCCAGAAGGAGACGGAAUUCCUGCGCCUCAAGCGCUCCCGGCUCGGGGUGGAGGACUUCGAGGCGCUCAAGGUGAUCGGGCGCGGUGCAUUCGGCGAGGUGCGGCUGGUGCAGAAGAAGGACACCGGGCACGUGUACGCGAUGAAGGUGCUGCGCAAGGCGGACAUGCUGGAAAAGGAGCAGGUGGCGCACGUGCGGGCCGAGCGGGACGUGCUGGUCGAGGCCGACCACCAGUGGGUGGUGAAGAUGUACUACAGCUUUCAGGAUUCGGUAAAUUUGUAUCUUAUCAUGGAGUUCCUGCCCGGCGGCGACAUGAUGACGCUGCUCAUGAAGAAGGACACACUGUCGGAGGAGUGCACACAGUUCUACAUCGUCGAGACGGCGCUCGCGAUCGAUUCGAUCCACCGGCUCGGCUUCAUCCACCGCGACAUCAAGCCGGACAAUCUGCUGCUGGAUGCGCGCGGCCACCUGAAGCUGUCCGACUUUGGGCUGUGCACGGGGCUGAAGAAAUCGCACCGCACCGACUUCUACCGCGACCUGUCGCAGGCCAAACCGUCCGACUUUAUCGGCACCUGCGCCAGCCCGAUGGACUCGAAGCGGCGGGCGGAAAGCUGGAAGCGCAACCGGCGAGCGCUGGCGUACAGUACGGUCGGCACGCCGGACUACAUCGCGCCGGAGGUGUUCCUGCAGACGGGGUACGGGCCGGCGUGCGACUGGUGGUCGCUCGGCGUGAUCAUGUACGAGAUGCUGAUGGGCUAUCCGCCGUUCUGCUCGGACAACCCGCAGGACACGUACCGGAAGGUGAUGAACUGGCGGGAGACGCUCAUCUUCCCGCCGGAAACGCCCAUCUCGGAGGAGGCCCGCGAUACGAUAGUGAAAUUUUGCUGCGAAGCUGAACGACGACUCGGCUCACAGCGUGGAAUUGAGGAUCUGAAGCUAGUGCAAUUCUUCCGCGGCGUCGACUGGGAGCACAUACGAGAGCGUCCGGCGGCCAUCCCGGUGGAGGUGCGCUCGAUCGACGAUACAUCGAACUUUGACGAAUUCCCCGACGUAGCACUAGAGAUACCCGCCCAUCCACAACCGGAAGGGGAAGUGCUCAAGGAUUGGGUGUUUAUCAACUACACCUUCAGACGGUUCGAAAGCCUUACCCAGCGCGGAACGCCGACGAAAAAGUGAGCUGUGAAAUAAGCAAAACGAGAUCCGGUAGCGCGGAAAAAAUGCCGCCCGAGCAGCCAGAGCAUGCUGGACUAGACCAAGGUGUGCAAAGUGUGAGUAGUGUCGGCCCCAAGCGACGUCUGGCUUCUGAUACCGUAGAGCGACUCCCCAAAAAGAACAAAAAACCACAGAUGCUGCUAUUAACGCUCCAGCGCUUCGAGACAUUAAAGAGCGAAUAGGAAAAAAAAACGGUUCACUAGGAUAUAGAAUGUGAGCGGUGGGAAGAUGAUUUCAGGCCUUUUCGGGUUAUCGUAUGUACCCCACCCCUUUACAGCCCCCCCCACUCUAGCAGACUCACACUUUAGUGUCGCAUCCAACUGGGUGGUACUACUAAAACGGUUCGUGUAUGGGGUGUGUGAAGAAAUUGUGUUGUUUUCGCGCAUUUUUAAGGUUCACUGUGGCGCUGGAUCGUGCGCGGCGCGAACGAGGCACACGCGCUCGUAGUUGGUUUCUGAUAAUAACAGACAAGUGCAACCAAAUCGUAUCAAACAUGCUUGCCGUGGAAAGGAGGAUGAUAGACACACACACACACACAUACUCUAUUAUGCAGGGAGAGGAUGUCAUAGUAAUUGAACGAAAGGAAUCAGAAAAAUCGAUCGUAGCUAACCACAAAAUCGUAACGAAAGUGUGAUGCGCCUGAAAUGAUGAGAGUUUAGCGCUCUUUGGAGAGUUGCCUAUAAAAUAUCAUCCCCUCUGCCCCUUUUACUAUCCACAAGUAACACGUAAAACGAGAACCCAAAUUACAGGGUUUUCCAGGGGUUCUUAUAGCUGUGGGACACUUCCUUGACUCUUUCUGAUAGGAAGUGAACUACAAAUGAUGAAAAUUGGACUUUUGGGCAUGUUGCUUGAAAAUUCCUAUUGGAUUUGUCCUACAAGUGUGCUUUAGAGUCAAAUUCCCUUUACAUUAAGUUCACUUCACGGCAGAAAGAGUCAAUAAAAUGCCCUACAGUAUGAGAACUCCUGAAAACUCCUGUAAUGUUUGAGUGUGUCGAUGCAGAACUCUAUAGAUGGCUGAACUAUAAUAAUUCCCUCUCCCUACACACACACCCCCUACUGUACUGUUUUCCUACUAAGUUAGCGUUUUUUUUUUCUUGUACUAAAUUUGUAGCUGCUUGUUUUCGUUUUUCUUUCGUUUAGCGUUUAUUCGUUCUUCCUCACGUACCAAGUACUAGCCGUUAAAGCCGUUUUGUUCGUUUUAAGUAUAAUCUAAAUAGAUGUGUUUUUUCUCUCUCUCCCGUGUUUAAGAUGAGAUUCGCAUGCGGUGAUCGCGGUAAGAAUAGGGCGUACUUGUAUUUAAAGAAGCAAGAGGAGGUGAGAACACGCACCUGUCUUUUUGCGAUUUUUUUUCCUCCCCCUGAUCUGUCCCGGGGCUCGCGGACCGUCCACAGCAAAAGGCGAACGUUAGGGAAAGGUAAUGAUGGCGUACGGAGAAUGAGCAUUUGUUUGAGGAACUGUUUCGACGGAAGAAAUUUAUGCUUUAUAGAUCUUUCUUCUCCUUCUGUUAAGUUAUUAAAGUAAAAUGGUUUGCUUUAGGAGAAGGACGACUCGAGGGUAAAAGGAAAAGAAAAAUUGAUCUGUAUGUGGCGGAGAAAGCGAAAGAGUGUCGGUGAAACACACGGGGCAGCCUCUAAUGGAAUAAUCGAAAGGGAAAUCGAAAUCAAAAUGGAAAGGAUGAACAGAUAGAAUCCGCCGCGUACUGUACUUGCCCAUCUUCUUCCAUACACUCAAAUCAGCCUGAGCGGUGCAACAGACACGAGACAAACUCAGCAAAAAAAAGCUCCGUUCAACUCGUACGGCUCGUCUUUCUCAUGGUAGUAGCGUUUUAAGCAUCCUUUCUGUGCAUCCUUCUGAUUUUAAUAACGGAAAUCGGUGGUGACUACUGCGCGUGGCGGGCAAGCGAAAGAGUGAUGAUCGCGGCACGGCAUAAGCAUAAGGCAUGAUGAUUGGAGCCCAUAGUAUUAAAAUAGAAUAUUGUAAUGUACGACGACGGUGAUGAAGGAUGAUGCUGAUGAUGUAUUGUAUUGUAUUGCAUUGUUUUCUUUUUAAUUAUAAUUAUUUUUCGUUCGUAAGUAAUUGCAAAGCACUCAUAAAGAAAGCCACGUACACACACAGACAGACCUUUCAUUGGGGCAAGAAGUCCUUCAAAACAAAAUCCUUCCUCAAAAACCUCGAAGCGGGUGAGGACUUGGCGGAUGGCGCUGAAUUGUGCGGUACAUGGAAUGAUAAUAAAAUGACAUAAUGUUGUCUCGUAA